AUGGACAAGACACAAACUAAUGCUAAGGCAUUGCUAAAGAACAUUGCUGGUAACACACGACAAUUUGGAGGGAGAGAUGAGCUACCUUUUAAGAAAGUUAACGAGGUUAUGGUGGCUCCAAAACAGGUGUGCGGUGUAUGUUUAAUGAUGGGACAUGCCACAGACAUGUGCCCUUCGUUGAUGGAUCAAGGUGGUCUUGAGCAAACUAAUGCAUUAGGAGGAUUUCAAUGGCAACAAAGGCAAAAGUAUGAUCCAUACUCCAACAACUAUAACGCGGGGUGGCGCGAUCAUCCACACUUAAAGUGGAACAAUCAAGAUAACAGACAACAAUCUGUUCCCAACAACUAUAACCGUCCGCCUGGCUUCUUUCAAGCAAGACCGCAUGCACCAUUUCAGCCUCAACAACAACAAGCUCCAAGUAAGUCUCUUGAAGAUUUAAUUGCUUCUUUAGCUAACUCUACUCAGUCUCAUCAACAGAAAACAGACAAAGCAAUUGAAAACCUUGAGCGCCAAAUGAGUCAGUUAGCAAGUUUGAUGGGGCAACAACACCAACCAGGAAGGUUGCCUAGCAAAACCGUGGUGAAUCCAAAUGUGGAGCAGAUGAAUGUUGUGACUUUAAGGAGUGGAAAAGAAGUUUUUGAGCAGUCGAGGAUGCAAAAGAGGACUAGAAAAGACACAAUUGAACAAGGGGAGCUACAAACCAAGAAUCUUGAGCAAGAUGAGGCUUCAACAGAAACUGAAAAGUCUUCUAAAGAUACAGAAUUGAACAAAAAAGAUUCUGAUAAGAGGAGAUUCAAUGAUCAAGAAAUUGUGGCAUUGAGCGAGAAAGUAUCAGCUGUUUUGCAGAGAAAGCUGCCACUGAAGUUGAAAGAUGCCGGUAGCUUUACCAUUCCAUGUGUAAUUGGAGGGAAAGAGUUUGGGAGAGCAUUGUGUGAUUUGGGGGCAUCCAUCAAUCUAAUGCCAUAUUCAGUGUAUGAGUCAUUGAACCUAGGAGACUUGAAGGAAACAAAGAUAGUAAUCCAGUUGGCAGAUCGUUCAAAUAGAUAUCCCAAAGGCCUAUUGGAGGAUGUACUUGUGCAAGUGAAUGAGCUCAUUUUUCCCGCUGACUUUUUUGUUCUUGAGAUGGAACACGACCCUAUGCCUACUGCACUUCCUCUUAUAUUGGGAAGACCAUUCCUUAGAACGGCACGUACGAAAAUUAAUGUUUACGAUUGUACCUUAACCAUGGAAAUUGAUGGGGAAAGCGUCAAGUUCAGAAUCUUCAAUGCUAUGAGGAUUGUUUUAAUGAAGGCACCUAAAUUGGAGCUUAAACCGAUUCCUGAACAUUUGAAGUAUGCAUUUUUGGGAGAGGAUGAAACGUUACCGGUUAUCAUAUUGUCACAACUCACAGCAGAAGAGGGGGAGAAACUGAUCCGGGUACUGAAGGAUCACAAAACUGCCAUAGCUUGGAGCAUUGCAGAUAUCAAAGGUAUAAAUCCAGCUACAUGUAUGCAUAGGAUUCUGCUGGAGGAAGGUGCAAAACCAACAAGGGAAGCUCAACGCCGUUUGAACCCACUUAUGAUGGAGGUUGUCAAGAAAGAGGUUAUCAAACUUCUUGAUGUUGACAUCAUAUAUCCUAUUUCGAACAACAACUAG